AUGAACUGCCCCUCGCGGACCGACGAGACCCUCGACCAUCCCGGCUGGAACCAGAACCCGCCGUCUCUGAGCCCGGACACCACCACACGCCAGGACUUCAAUGGCAUCACCAAUUCCCGCGUCCACCGCAAGCAUGCAGCGAGCACAGGCAGCACAGCGGGCGAGGACACAAUGGCGAUAGAUCCAUGGCCACACAUACAGGACGAAGACCCCGCCAUCGAGAAGAUCCGCGACGGCGAAGUGGUCGCUGCUGUCGCCUCGGGGUGUCAACAACCACCCUCGAGGUCCAGCGGGUCACCACCUCGCCGUCCCUUUGGAACCUUUCUCUCAGAUUCUGCUCUGCACUGCGCCCGCAGCGUCGCCAAAUUCGGCCGCUUCCUCGGGCCCGGGUUUCUGAUUGCUGUUGCCUAUAUCGAUCCCGGAAAUUAUGCCACGGAUGUUGCGGCCGGCGCAGACUUCAAAUAUGCUUUGCUAUUUAUUGUGCUCUUGUCCAAUCUCUUCGCGAUCCUUCUUCAAUCCCUGUGCAUCAGACUGGGUUCUGUCACCGGCCUCAACUUGGCGGAGAACUGCCGGCAGCAUCUUCCGCGAUGGCUGACGAUUAUCUUGUACGUCUUUUCAGAGGCGGCAAUUGUGGCCACUGAUAUUGCGGAGGUGGUCGGAUCGGCCAUCGCGCUGAACCUGCUCUUAAAAAUCCCGCUGGUGGCCGGAUGCGCCAUUACCCUGGCGGAUGUUUUGUUUCUGCUACUCUUCUAUCGACCCAAUGGACCGAUGUGGGGGCUCCGCUUGUUCGAGUUCUUUGUCAUGGCUCUUGUGAUCGGGGUUGUCAUAUGCUUUUGCAUUCAACUAUCUCUGAUCAAGGACCAGUCCGUCGGGGAAGUCUUCCGGGGCUAUUUACCAUCACCGGUCAUCGUACAGUCAAAUGGUCUAUACCAAAGUUGCGGCAUUCUUGGUGCCACCGUGAUGCCGCAUUCUCUAUUCCUCGGAAGCGGCGUGGUCCAGUCACGCCUGAAAGACUUCGACGUUACUGCGGGAUAUGUCGACGCCACAGUGCCGCUGGGAAGUACCGGCGGCGAGGUGGAGUAUCGGCCAUCGAUCCAUGCAAUCCGUGGCUGCAUGAAAUACUCGAUCAUCGAACUGAGCUUAUCACUAUUUACCUUUGCGCUGUUUGUCAACAGCGCUAUCCUCAUUGUGGCGGGCGCUUCACUGCAUGGUGUGGCUGGCAGCGGCAACGCCGACCUCUUUGGAAUACACCGACUUCUCUCUCAGUCGAUUGCCCCGGCCGCUGGCCUCAUCUUUGCCUUGGCCCUACUCCUGUCGGGAAUCUCUGCGGGCAUUGUCUGCACCAUGGCGGGCCAGAUGGUCAGCGAGGGAAUGCUGAACUGGAGCAUUAAACCCUGGAUGCGACGACUCAUCACCCGGUCUAUCAGCAUUGUCCCCAGCAUCAUUAUCGCUGGCGCUGUUGGCAAAGACGGGCUGGACAAGACUCUGACGGCUAGUCAGGUUGUCCUGAGUAUCAUCUUGCCAUUUGUCUCAGCGCCGCUCAUCUACUUUACCUGCCUCAAUCGGUACAUGACGGUGCCGGCCGAACAAACCACUGACAGCGAGGGCGAGGUGCACGGGGGACAAGUUCCCAUGCGGAACAGCCUGUUCGUCUCGGUGGUCGCCGUACUGGUGUGGGUGUUGAUUGUCAUUAUGAAUAUUGCAUUGCUGGUGUUACUGGGGUUGGGUGAGACAUCCUAG